AUGGCAGUCUGCGGCACGUUCGUGUUCGUGGCCCUUUUGGUGUUCAUGGAGGAGACCCAGCACCACUUCAUCCUCCAGAGGAUUGAGUCCAAGGACGGCCCCAACGCCGUCCUAGCAAUCAGGGAGCUUCACAUGAUCCAGCAGCCAAAGUUCCACGCGCCCUGGACGCCGCUCAAGUACCUGGUUGAGCCGGCCAUCUUCCCGCACGUUCUGGUGACGUUCCUGCUCUACUCCACCAUGCUCAGCGGGUUGAUCAUCCUGCCCGACUCCCUGGCCAGCCCGCCCUACAAGCUGCCGGAGGCCCUCAUUGGAGUCGCCAACUUGCCGCUGGGCCUGGGCUGCUUCCUCAUCGGCCCCUUCAGCGGCCGCUGGGCCGACUCGGCCGCGCGCCGCUGGAGCGCCAGCCACACCGGCCGCAUGCUGCCCGGCCUGCUGUCCGCCGCCGUCUUCUUCCCGCUGUCGGCGCUCGCGUACGCCUGGACGCUGCAGAUGCACACGCACCUGGCGGGGCCGCUGGUGUCUGCGUUCUUCAUGGGGGCCUCGAUCUGCGCGGUGUUCCCGGGGGUGAUGUCGUACAUCUCCAUCGUCAAGCAGCACGCGGCGGCGGCGGCGGGCGGCGCGGUGCAGGCCGUCACCUUCAUCUGCGGCGGCCUGUUCAUCCAGAUCACCCCGAUCGCCAUGGGCGCCAUGGGCCUCGGCCCCUGGGUUUCCCUGCUGGUGGCCAUGUGCUUUGUCAGCGCGAUGACGUCGUUCGGGCUGGCGAUACGGUCCCUGAGGGCCGGCGACAAGCAGCAGCUGCCGGUCAUGCGGGCGGGCGUUGAUAGCUGCGACGGCGGCCACAUGGUGGAGGCGGCCGUCGUGCCGCGCGGCAGCGGCAGCUUCAAGGGGGCGAGCGAGCCGGCGGCGGCUGGGAAGGCGGCGGACGCGUGCGCGUCCACCACUAGGCCGCCCUCCCCCGGCGGCAGCGGCUACGGCCCCACCUCCCCGGGGGGCGCUUACCAGCAGCCGCCACCUCAGCAGCCCGCAUACGGCUACGCGCAGCCGGCAGCCUACGCGCCCUCCUCUUUUGGCGACUCGAGCGCCGGCGGAGGCGGCCUGUCUGAGGCCGCCCGCGCGAGCCUGCAGCGGGCGGCGGGCGCGCUGCGGCGGCUGGGGUGGCUGGCGUUCUGGGUGCAGCUGUCUUUGUCUGUCGUGUCGGGCGUCAUCUUGCUCUUCUCGGUCGGCUUCACGGCGCAGAGCGGCCCCAAGGCUUCCCUGUACUUGACCCUUGUGGGCAUCCUGGCCGGCUUCCUAGCUACGUUCUGGGCGUACGGCUACCGGCGCACCGCGGACAAGAUGCAGCGGUUCCUGGACGGAGAGGACGUGCCGCGCAUCAAGAAGCAGGCGGUGAUGGAGGAGCUGACGCGCGGCGUAGUAAUCAACAUCGUCGGCAUGGCAUCCACCCUCCUCGGCAUCUCCACCCUCGUCGGCCUGCUCGUCGCCAAGACACUGUCCAACGCCAGCGUCAGCCCCUUUGCCGCGGUCGGGGCCGGCGGCUACAACCCCGUGCUCGCGCUGGACGUGUUCCUGGUGCAGGCGGCCACCAACACGCUGCUUGGGCACUUUUUGGGGCUGGUGUGCAGCCUGUGGCUGCUGAACGUGAUCGGGGAGGGCCGGGGACUCAAGUUCCAGCGGCAUCAGAACACCGAGGAGUCCAAAGGAGAGGGCCAAGAGGGGCCUGGCGGCACCGGCGCGCCGCCAGCGGGGGCGUACCCCUAUGUCCCGGGCGGCGCGGGCGGCGGGGGCGGGCGCCGCUACUGA